CCCCACAAACCACAGCACAAAUAAUGAUGAAAUUAAAUAUUCAACAAUAAAAGCCUCUCCCUAUAUAUUUUAAUGCAACCUUCACCAUAAUAUUCAACACCAUUAUAAUUGAGUAAUAAUUUCUCAAUUAUAUUUUUCAUCUUCUUCUUCAACUUAAUUCUCUCAAUGGCGUGCUAUGUUACAGUUAUAUUAAGUAUUGUGUUAUAUUUAGUCUUGAACUUAGUUGAAGGUGCACCAGAAGUACCUUGCUAUUUCAUUUUUGGGGACUCGUUACUUGAUAAUGGUAAUAAUAAUGACCUUGACACCGCGGCAAAGGCUAAUUAUCCACCUUAUGGAGUUGAUUUCCCAGAUGGUCCCACUGGCCGAUUCACCAAUGGCCGGAAUAUAGCUGACUUCCUAGCUGAACACCUUGAUUUUGAUCACUACAUACCAUCUUUUGCAAGCGCAACGGGUGAUGAGAUCUUGGAAGGUGUGAAUUAUGCAUCUGGUUCAGCUGGAAUUCGCAACGAUACGGGAAGUCAUCUUGGUUAUCGAAUUUACUUGGGCAAACAAUUGGAGAAUCAUAAAGUCACAAUUUCUCGUAUUGCUGAUUUGCUGGGGAAUACAACUUUAGCCAAAAAUCACUUAAAUAAGUGCCUUUUCAUUGUUGGAAUAGGCAGCAAUGACUACAUCAAUAAUUUUCUAAUGCCAGAUGUAUACCAAUCAAGUCAUUUGUACUCACCAACUCAGUACGCAACACUUCUCAUUCAACAGUACUCCCAACAAUUAAAGGAGUUGUAUUCAGAUGGAGCAAGGAAAAUAGCACUUUUUGGACUACCUCAAAUAGGUUGCAUUCCAGAUCAGUUGAACCAACACAGCACAUUUUUUUGUGUGGAUUCAACAAAUAAGGCAAUUCAAUUAUUCAACAAAAACUUAAAAGCUCUUGUUGAUGAUCUCAAUACUAAUUUCUCAGAUGCAAAAUUCAUAUACAUAAACAUGUAUAGCAUCUCAUCAGCGAUUGCUAUAACUCUAUUGAAUAAUCCAUGCUGUCAAAUUUCUAAGACUAUGCCUGAAGGACAAUGUAUUCCAGGAAAAUCUCCAUGUCUAAUUAGGGCUACACAUUUUUUUUAUGAUAAUUUCCAUCCAACUGAAAUUGGAAAUAACAUAGCUACAAGUAGAGCUUACAGAGCUCUUCUACCGUCUGAUUCUUAUCCAAUGGAUAUUCGUCACUUGGUGAGGGCCAAUAAUUUGUACUAUGAUGAUCAGUAAAUUUCAACGUGUUACACGAAUAUUGUUUAAUGUAAUAAUUGUGCAUGAUGUAUGUUUCAUAAUAAGAAACCAAA